AUGCGUUACACUCAAAUCCUAGGCAGUGCUGCUGCACUCGCCGGUUACACUCUUGCUCAAGAAGGUGAGGUCAAAUCUACUGUUGUCUACGACGCGGAAACGAAGAUCAGCUACUCGUCAUACUCAAACCCGGAGUCUGGGACGACAUUUGGUAUUGCACUUCCUAAGAAUGUCACGGACCCAUACGAUGCUAUCAUCAGAAUCACUGCGCCCAUUGCCAAUGGGUGGACUGGAUUCGCAUGGGGAGGAGGCAUGGUCUGGAAUCCAUUGAGCGUUGCAUGGCCAAAUGGCAAGUCUGCAACAAUAUCAGCUCGUUUUGCAUUUGGCAUAAGCUUGCCCCCCAAUUACGACCAGGCUGAGCAUACAUACCUCAAGGGUACGAGGACAAAUAGCACACAUUGGACGGUCAACGCUCUGUGCAAAGGCUGCACUGGCUGGCAAUCAAACGAGGAUGCACGAUACGCGCUCAAUGGCACCGCUACAACUGAGUUUGCCUGGGCCUCUGGCGUUUCUGCUGUUGCGGAUCCAGCUCGCAACGACUCUGCAUUCAACAAACACGAAGCCUGGGGCAAAUGGAUCCAUGACCUGAACGCUGCGCGCAUCGAUAAUUUCGAGUCUUUGGUCAAGUCCAAUCUGCUAACAGCGCCUGUAGCUAGUAGUGCCCCCACCACCGUUGUAACGAGCAUCAAACCAUCGGCGACAGCAAGCCCUGCUGCGCCUGCUGCUAUCCCAGCUUCCUGUCCCGGUGCUGGUAAUCCUUCCUUCCAAGGCAACCUAGCAUCUGGAUGGAAGGCCACCAAGAUUGCAGGAGGCUUGAAUAGCCCUCGCAGCAUUCAGUUCGACACUGCUGGCAACAUGUUGGUGGUGCAAUCCGGCAAGGGUAUCUCGUACCAUAAAAUGGGUGCGGACGGCUGUAUCACCUCGACGAAAAUGUUGAUCUCGCAAAACAAUCUAAAUCACGGCAUUGCCUUGAGUGUUGACGGCAAGACACUUUACGCAAGCUCCAUGACCCAAGCCUAUUCCUGGCCGUACGACGCCGCUGCCGGUACUCUCGGAACUCGAGCGACUGUCGUUACGGGAAUGGUCAACGGUGGUUCCCACUUGACCCGUACUUUGGCUAUCGCACCGCAUGCCCCAAAUCUACUAGUCGUCUCGCAUGGCUCCAACUCCAAUAUCGAUACUGCUACAAGCGACGCCAAGACUGGUCGUGCUAUCAUCAAGGUCUUUGACAUGUCUGCCGUUCCUAGCGGAGGCUACAACUAUGCUUCUGGAGGGUACACUGCAGGCUAUGGACAGCGUAAUGAGGUUGGCAUGUGCUUCGACAAGAACAACAUGCUGUGGGGCGUCGAAAACUCUGGCGACGAGUUCAAGCGCAACGGCAAAGACAUUCAUAACAACAACCCGGGCGAGAAGAUUCAUUACAUGGGCGACGUCAGCAAACCUAACAACAACUGGUAUGGCUACCCAACCUGCUUCACUGUCUGGCAGCCGUCGGACUUCACCGACAAGCAGUUCAAAGUUGGCGACUGGUUCGUUCAGUCUCCCAGCACCACUUUCAACGAUGAUACAUGUAGCCAGCGCGCCGUCGCGCCUAAGCUCACCUUGUUCCCACACUCGGCGCCAAUUGAUUGCAAAUUCGAUGCCAAUAGCUCGACAAUGUUCAUUACAUACCACGGCUCUUGGAACCGAUCUCCGGUAACAGGUUUCAAGUUGGUAGCUGUGAGCUUCAAGUUGGGUACCGACGGGCAGUACACGCCUGUUGAGCCGCUGACAAGCACCACGGCGGCCAAGGACAUCUUCGCUAACCCGAGAGUGGAGAGCUGUACGGGCGGUGGACCGGGUUCUAGCUCGGGAUGCUUCAGGCCUGCGGGACUUGCGUUCGAUGGCCAGGGUAGGCUGUUCAUGACGAGCGAUAUUAGCUCCAACGGUGAACUGUGGAUCUUGGGGAACUCGUAG